AUGGAGGCAGGUUCUGGAGGAUGGGCUGGUGGUGAAGCUUGUCUACCAGCUGUUCAAAUCGCUCUUGAAGAUGUCAAUUCAAAUGCUAAUAUUUUACCGGGUUUUACCCUAAAAUUACAUUACCACAAUAGCAAAUGUCAACCAGGUCUAGCGGCAAAGCAAAUGUUCGAAUUACUUUAUAAAGCUCCAACCAAACUGAUGUUGUUAGCUGGUUGUAGUCCAGUGACAACUGUCUUUGCAGAAGCAGCUCCGGUCUGGAAUCUUGUAGUGCUUUCUUAUGGUGGUAGUUCACCAGCACUUUCAAAUAGACAUCGAUUUCCAACAUUGUUCAGAACUCAUCCAACUGCAAAUAUGCAAAAUCCAACGAGAUUAAAACUCUUUCAAAAAUUCAAAUGGAAGAAAAUAACUAUUUUACAAUCAGUUGAGGAAGUUUUCACAACAACAGCAAAAGAUCUUGAAGAGCAAUGUAGAGAAAAAGGAAUUCGUGUUGAACGGCAAAGCUUCUACGGUGAUCCAUCUGAUGCUGUGAAAACUUUGGUGCGUCAAGAUGCUCGUAUUAUUGUUGGUUUAUUUUACGUUACUGAAGCUCGACGAGUACUUUGUCAGGCAUACAAACAUGGUUUGUAUGGUAGAAAAUAUGUUUGGUUUUUUAUCGGUUGGUAUGCAGAUACUUGGUUUAUUCCUUUGAAUGAUGAACCACUUAACUGCACCGCCGAACAAGUUACAGCACAAUACCACAUCACGACCGAAAGUAUUAUGUUAAGUCGUGACGAGGAGCCAACUAUUUCUGGAAUGACUGGGAAGCAGUUUCAGAAACGGCUGAUGAAUAUGCUAACUACUGAUCCGGCUGAAACUGCUGGUUUUCCAGAAGCUCCUUUAGCUUAUGAUGCUGUUUGGGCUGUUGCAAUGGCUUUCAAUUGCACAUUGUCAAAACUUCAAGCAGGACAGAGUCUCGAAAAUUUUGCUUACAACAACACUGAAAUUGCGGAAAAAUUAUUUGGCUGUGUGAAAGAUACGCAAUUCAGAGGUGUUUCAGGUCAAGUGAUGUUUUCUGAUCUUGGAGAUCGCAUCGCAAGAACACAAAUUGAGCAGCUCCAAGAUGGAAAAUAUCAAAUGUUAGGAAUUUAUGAUACAACGACUCUUCGACUUGAUUGGUAUGGGAAGGAAAAGUUUGCAACAACAAACGGAUUACCUCCGCCGGAUUCUACUCUCAUUCGAGAAUCACUUCUCACUGUUGAUCUAGAGUUUUCUAUAAAAGGUAUUAAAAUUAUUGAAUUAAUCUACAAAAUUUUGGUAAUAAUGCAGUCGCAACCGCAGUGCAACAACGUACUCUUGGCUGGGUGCAUGCUUUGUUCACUAAGUUUGUUACUCUUGGGUCUACCAGCCCGCGGAAUCAUAGUUCCAAAGCAUUCUUUCACGUUGCUUUGUCAUUCACAAAUAUCAAUUUUAAUGGUUGGGUUUACAUUUGCUUACGGGUCCAUGUUUGCAAAAGUGUGGGUUGCACAUCGUUUGGGUGCAGCAGAGAGUCAGCAGCUAAUGUCAAGACCAACUACAAAUGAGCCUAUAGCCGCUUGCAAAUUCUACCUCGUAGUGACUAUAUUUUUUGUGAUUGACGUAAUUAUAAUCACUUGUUGGGUUAUAUUUGAUCCCAUUCAACGUGUCGAACAACAAUUCCCACUGCAGGAACCUCCAUUAGGGACUGAAGAGGAUGUUAUGCUUUUACCUAUUCUCGAGCACUGUCAAAGUAAACGUCAUGACAUGUGGACAGGUUUGGUAAUGGGCUACAAAUGUUUGCUACUGGUACUCGGUCUUUUUCUUGCAUAUGAAACACGUAAUCUAAAACCAACAUUUGUCAACGAUUUACGCUUCAUUGGCUUGGCUAUAUAUAACGUUGUUGUAUUAUCUCUAAUAACUGGUCCAAUAGUCACUUUCCUUAUCCGAUCUCAGUCCGAUGCUAAUUUUGCGUUCAUAAGCAUUACUGUAUUACUGAGUACGUAUAUAACACUUGGUCUGAUAUUCCUGCCAAAAAUUGUUUAUAUACGUCGAACUCCAAAAAGCAGUGAGGAAAAUAAUGUCAUCAGACCGCUGUACCAUACAUUAUCUAGGACUGCACAAAAAAGAUGUCAGCAGCUUGCCCACGAAAACGCUGACUUAAAGUGUCAAGUGGAACAUAAGAAAAAGAAGAUCGCAGAUUACCGACAACGUUUGGGUAAACGUAUUCAGGAAGCAACUGGUGCUCCACUUUGCGAACGCAAAUGUAGCAGUAUCAGCAAUGAAAAUAUAACACAUUCAUCUCCAACUACAAUCACAACAACUGCCUUGAUCGAAAAUCUGCCAAUUUAUUGUGCAACGGGUAAUAAAUUAACAAAUUCAUAUUCAUUUGCUAAGAGCGAUAGACUUUUCUCUUCAAAUUUUUGCUUAGAAACGUGUAAAACAUGUAUACGUUACCAAGCAAUUUUUUUCCUGGUCCAUUGCAAGAAAUGUCCUAAACAUAUAUUCAGGGCACUUCAUUCCACCUCCUUUACUUCUGAAAAUCCAUUUAUUUAUCCUUCGUGA